AGAUUUUACAAUGUUUCAUUCCUUAAUUAUCACUGAUCUUGAUAUUUCAGAACAAAUACAGAUGUCAACAUUGAGAUACCGAUAGUCGACUGCGUGGUGAACUAUGAAGGUACGGUAUGGUGCGUACCGAUGACAACGUACACGACGUUCUGCGAGUCGGAUCACACUUGGUGGCCUUACGACGUGAUGAAUUGCACCAUCCACAUUGGUUCAUGGUCUUACGCGAGCGACGAGAUUAAUUUACGUCCCUCCUUCACCGAUGCGUCGAACGUGUUUGCAGAGAAUUCGAUGGAGGAAAAUCUGGGAUGGGAGGUGGCAAAUAUCUCCGAGAGCGAACGUAUAAUAAAAUCUAAAUUCGGAUUAGAUUUUACCACCGACUUAUUAUCGUAUAAUAUUCUUCUAAAGAGACAUGCCUCCAUGUAUGCAACAAUGUACGUGACGUCGGCCAUAGUGCUAAUGACGAUGACACUGAUGACACUGUGGCUAGAGCCGAGUUCCACCGAACGUAUGGUGGUGGCAAAUAUGAAUUUUAUCUUGCAUCUGCUCUGCUUGUUGGAUCUACAGUGGAAACUACCCUUUAAUGGUAUUCAUCCUCCACAAUUAAUUCUCUUCUAUGAGAAAUCUCUUUCUCUAGCUGCAUUUUCACUCAUACUGACCAGCAUUCUGCGAUACGUGCAACAACUGAACACGGAAGCACCCACGUGGAUAACCUUGACCACCGUUUCGAUUUUGAAGAGCAGAAUAGGUCAGAUAUUUUUAGUGAGUAUUUUGGACCCCAAGGUAUCGGCUAGAAUUGAAAUGAAUGCGGAUGACAAUACGAAUUUGGUGUCGCUCGAUAAGAAGGAGUCCACUUGGAGGUACACUUCUAUUUUGAUGGGAUGGCUCGCCUUUUUAAGCGUUUCGUUCGUUUAUGCAAUAAUGCUAAUUAUUUUCUUACCAACAAGUAGGUUUGCAAAAUUCUUUUAAAAUCUUUUGAAUCGUUUUUCUUUUUUUUUUAAUGGUAAUGUAAGCCCUCGAGUGUUAUAGUUUGUUAUUAAAAGUGUGGUAUACAGUAUUUUGAUCAUAUUCGUCGUUCUCACUGUGAAUUGAUUUUGGUCACAAUUCAUAAAUACGAUAUGACUAUUUGAAAAAUUAAGAGCAGACAGAAAAAUGAAAAGUAUCUUUGCUAAAAUCAAAAUGGUCGUAACAAAAAUGCAUAACUGAAUCACGAGUCUCUAGAUUUUUAUAAUGUACAGCAGAAGAAUCAAGGAAAUUUCAACAGGAUAUUUUAAAAAAGAACUUUGAUUCUUCCUUUUGUUUCUUAUAAAUACAUUUAUUCUGAAAAACAUGUUGGAUUUAAUUGACUGUGUCAAUUGAAUCUUUCUUUUCUUUUUUUUUUUUUUUUUGCGUUUGUUAACAGUGCAAGUGUUUGUUAACAGAUCAAGUUCAUCUUACAAUGUCCUCGUUACAUACAAUGACUUGUAACAAUAGAAAAAGAACGACAUACCUCGAUAGUCCCGAGUGAAACUUACUUUAGAUGAAAUUUUAUAUAGAUUUACAUGCGGCAUGAAAUGUAUGGAUAAUCCUAGCGAAUGAUACAGUCAAAGUGUAAUCGCUAAUAAGUGCUAAAUGCGAGAAUUAGAAAAAAACAAGAUACACCUCCGCUUAUCAGAAUUUACUCGGUGCUUUGUCAACAACUUCUUACAUUAUAUACAUACACGAUACAGCCUAGCAUUCACGCGAAGUACAUGUACUACAUACAUGAUAAAUUAUACACGUUAGAAAAGUGAGAGAACUAACAGCUAACUAGAAGAAUGAAAGCAAUUUCAAAUUCAUGCUAUUGUGUUUCAUUCGUCCGUUUUAGAAUAAAAUAAACUAGAAUGAAUUUACGUGAUAAAUGCAUUGCAAGUUGUAGAAAAAUUGAAUUGUCAAUGAAAUUAUGCGAGUAUUGAAAUGGCUAUACAAACGAGCUGAGAGAUACGAUUGAAAGACAAGGUGGAAUCAUGUGAAUUUCAUUGCGAUUGGUACAACAGAUAAUCUUUUAGAACCCGUGGAAGUGGAAGCAAAUUAACUGCGUUCCUUUUAGUAUACUGUAGUAUAGCAUCUCGGCAGGCACUUUGUAGAGUAGAUACUGCUGAAACAAUACAAUUACUAAGAAAAGCGGAACUCCUAUAAAGGCAGUGUGUACUUAAGAAACAAAGGAAACACACCGCCAUAUAGCUGAACUAUUCUGACUUGUUUCGUGGUACCGUACACAUCCACUACAGCGCGUAAAGGUCCUGCCUUAUAUGGUAUGUCUUUUCCACAUACACCUUGGUCUUCGCCGUUAAUUAUAAAAUGCAUUUCUGCCUUGUCCGAACCAGCUUGUGGCACGUACAUAAUCCCAAUACGACUACCAGCAUCAGUAGGUAGGAUGUACUGAGAAGAGUCAAUUGUGUUUGGUCUGAGAGCAUUAAAUGGAAUAACUCCACGA